AGAGAAAUGAAGCACAUUUUCAAGAAGCUACACAAAGGCCAUAAUCAAGAGCCUAAUCGGACCAACGAGACGCCGCCGCCGCAGCCGUCUCCCUCAUGCGCCACCGAUCAUCAACGUCCCAUGUCCGGAAACUCUCCGACGAGUCCCUCCACGUCAUCACCUGCUCCGGAUACUGUUCCGCCGAGCGCAGGGUACGCUGGACUGUGUCGGCAUGUUGUCGGAGGAGGAGUUCCAGGUUCAGUUAGCUCUAGCGAUCAGCGUGUCGAAUUCGGAGGAUCAGAUCCGCGCGGCGACUCUGCUGAGCUUGGGCGGCCAUCAUCAGAUGGAUACAGGCAGGGAUAGGGAGGAGGUGCCUCGCAGAGGAUUUAUCGAGACAUUAUUGGGGUUAAUGCAAUUUACUCUCAGACAUGAAUUAGUAAAAAUGAUGAAUUGCAGCAUCAUGGAGUCUUUCAUGCUAUGAAAUUGUAGUGGAUGAGGUUGAACUAAGAUUAGUAAUUGUGUUUUGGUGGUUAAAGCUUGGAGUUUUGUUCUUAACAACUCAAAUGUAUUUUGUAUCUAGUUUUAGAUUAUAUAUUGCUGGCCAACAAAUUUCAUUGCUACCAUUUUGGACUUGCAUAAUUUAUAGUUAAGAAAACUAUGAUCAUCUUAAUUAUUUGAGUCCUGCAUUUUCAAUUUUAGUAGCUGAGUUGAAAUGGUUACUUUUCUUGAUUACAUAAAUUGAAUUCUUGAUC